UGUUUCAUGGGGGUUGUGUAUGCUGUAUGUACAUAUAUUUUGUGAAAAACGCAGAAAUAAAGCUUUAAUUCGCACAUUGAAUAAUAGUGAAUAAAACUAAUAGUAAUUAAUCAAAAUGCCGGAGGUUAAAGAUGACCCUCGCAAGGUUCUGGCGCUUCUGAAUUCUUUGGGAUUUGUGGGUAUAACUGCGGAGCAGCUGAAGGCAUUUAUGAAGGAUUUAAAAAUGUAUCGAAAAAUUAAGGAACGUGAACGUCAGCAGUGGAAGGACGAAAUGAAACGAAGGAUCCUUCAGAAGCAAAGGGCAGAAUUAUCGAAAUUAUUAACCAGGACUUCGAGUCCAGAUAUUCCACAAGAAGCUGACGAUUCUGUCGUUGAGAUAAAAAUUCAAUGCGUCUCUGACAGUGACAAGAACAACAAAGUCGAGAGUGAAGUUACCAAGAUUAUGACCCGUAAAACACGACCCCUCGCGAACAGGGAAAGGACUGCUCCAAUUAAUCCAGUGGACGUGGACGUGAGUAAUAGAUCAAGAAAUAGGAGUAGAACAAUUGAUGAAGUGAAAACUUCUCACAACGUGAGAAAUGUGACACCUGCACGGCCUGCAAGUGCUCCAGACCUAUCAAGACCAGAACCAAGAGCAUCUAGAUCUAAGAGUUCUUCCUCUGAACCCUCGAAGGUGCAGGGAUCCCCUAGGAAUCCAUCACGAUGUUCCUCUCGAUCACAAACCAAGUCAUUCAUUAGACCUUGGAGGUUAAAUCCUGAGUCUCAACGUUUUCCACAAACUACUAAGUCGGACCCAGUGACUCUUUACCAAAAUUAUCAAAAAGAAUGGAAGCAAAUCUCAUUUCCUGGAGAGAAUCGACACGCAGAUAUUCGAUGGGCAGUAAGAGAAAAGAUGUUAGGCACUGAUCCAACUCCAAGGCCAAUCCUCAAGAAGUCCUGUAGUACACUCAAUGUCAAACGAAGAUGACGCUUCAAAUAUUUGUUCGAAUAGUGUUAAUAAAUAAUCAGUCAUUUCUUUUGUAAUUAUAAUGGAACGAACGAAAGCACAAUCCGUGAAGAUUUCAUUAGUAAUUAUUAGAUAAUACAUAUUUUUACAUUUAAUGAUCAGUUUUAUCAUUGAUCGGCCUUGAAUUUCCUUAUGAAUUCGUGGUUGUCAGGUCUGUGCAAGUGGUGCAGUAAUUUAUCCUCUAUUCGACGAGCUGCACGCUCUGUUAAGACGAGAGUAUCAUGUUUCAACAUACUGUAGACGUUUAAACCUACGAACAGAAUAAAAGAUUGUGGUUUCAGGAGAAUGACAUCGUUUUAAUCAUUGACAAAAUUCAAAAUAUGUAAAGGAAGUCGAAAAAGGAGAUGAGUUUGAAAAUUAAAUGCAGAUUAUUUAGAAAA